AUGAGCGGGUUGGAUGGCAGCACGGACUCAACGGACAUGAACUUGAGCAAACUCCAAGAGUCAGUGCAGGACAGGGAAGCCUGGUGCGCUGCAGUCCGCGGGGUAGCAGAGUUAGACACAGCUGAGCAGCUGACCAACACAGCAACAAACCAGGAGUCGGGGGGAGCGUCUGCGUCUCAGGACAGCGCUUCCUCCCUCCCGCUGUCUCCCUCACGGUCCUUCUCCGUGUUGCUCCGUCAUUCUGUCCGUCAUCACAUCUCCCUGCCUCCUUCUCAUUUGGCUAUUGAAAAGCUGAGAGCAAAAUUUAGCAUCCAGUGUUAG